UCAUCAUGCUGUUCGAAUCGGUCCAAAAUGGUGACCUCGACCGGGUACGCCACCUGUUGGACGGUGGUGCGGAUGUUAACGCGCGGGACGAUAAGUUCUUCAAUACGGCCCUUCAUCGGGCCGUCUUCGCCCGUCAGAACCGGCUCGAGAUGGUGGCCCUACUCGUCGACCGGGGUGCCGACUGUAAUGCGCUCAACAAAAAGCGCCUCACCGCGUCCGAACUAGCCCUCGAGAACCGUCUGCCGGAGGUGGCGAAAGAGUUGGUCCGAUGCGAAACCCAACACCUGGACGAUCAUCUCGCGUACUACCUGCUAAUCCGGCGCGGUAACCUACAGCUGUUCGAGUACCUCAUCUCGAUCAAGCGGCUCCAGUACGAGGACGAAAUCUGUGUCAUCGCUCGGGCGUACGGUGAGCUACGGUUGCGAAACGUACCGCUCAAGGAACCGAUGGAGUCGUACCUGAACGAGAUCCUGAUCAAUCACGACUACUGGCUGCGGAACCGGGUGCACCGUACCGGGUGGUCCGAUGGCCGACGGGAAACGAUGCGCCGGCUGGCAGCGAUCGUUGAGAAUGUGCAGGAACUGGCCGGCGGUUACGAUAGUCACAAUCUGACGGAUGUGGACAGUUUGUUUCUGCUACGGUUGUCCUACAUACUGGAGAAUCUGUUCUUCGUCCGAAACGUCUACAAGCAGUUGCCGCUGCACCAUAUGGAGUUUUGUAUCGGCAUUUUUCUACACAUUUGGAAAAACCCUCCUCGAUACGACAUGUACAAAAUGCUCGUGGACAAACGCAAACUCCUGCUCUAUCUCGGUGCCGUUUCGAACGAACUCAAGAAGAUACUCACCCUGCCAGGCAACCAGGCCGCUUGUACGUCCACCACAUCAACCUCGCCCGAAGAAAGUAGUACCUCCGGCGGAGCCAGCCCUUCGAGUCUUAGUUCCGGGGGUGAAAAGUUCUCCAAAGCUUGCCUUAAGUUUCGCUGGACGACCGAAAGAAACCGGGAGCUUAUGUUCUGCCAUUACGUUGUCACCGGUGGUGAAGAGUGUGAUGGUGAGCAAUCGAACUAUCGAGCUCGGUUACACGAACUGUGGAUAGAACGGCAGCGAGCACAGGAACCUAUCGCCUGCAUUACCACAGGAGAACAACCACCCUGGGACCUUACCGAACAGAACUUACUAACACAACAGCGUAAAAUUGUGCGUGAUCAGCUACUAACCGAGGAAGUGCGUCGUAGGACGGAAGCGGAAGCACACAGCUAUCGCUAUUAUCUACGCACCAGUCUCCCGAAAGUGUCGGACAAAAAUCGCAAAGUGUUUCGCAAGAUGAGCAAAAGCUAUCGACGCAUGAGGGAACUGCACGCAAUCAAUAGGACGCUCGGGUACAUCGACUCCGUAUCGGAGAUGGACUGGUCAAGUGAUCGGGAAAUCAAAACACUCGCAAUUAAACGUGUGGUGCAGGUUGUUUGUGAAACUAUCCGGCAUGGACGUGACACACCAAUUAUUACGAAGCAUCAGGAAUGUUUUGUGAAUGUGCUGACACCACAGCGGAUACUUUGUGAUGCUCGCAUUCGUGACUAUCUCUCGCACUACCGACGGGGUAGUGAUCUGUUAGCUAUUUUAACUGGCAGUUGCACGCAUGAAGGAGAUCGUCGAGACCAUCUUCACAUCAACGAUGACCGGCUGGACUGUGAGGAGCUGUAUCGUAACCUUAAAAUUCUUCGCCAUCUGUUGUUGCACGCACGAAACCUGAUGCACAUAUUGGCCAUCAAGACGCUCAUCAAUCGGUUGUACGAUAGCAAGAGUCUGGAGGAGAUCAAGUCUUAUUACGCGUACCUUUUCCGUCACAAUCCAGCCGAACAUCUGCAGCAGCUGGAAUGUGCUCCGUUCACGUUGCUAGAGAUCGGUGUACUAGUGGAUGCGAUCGAUGCCGAGUAUUACGGUGCAGGUGUUCCUACAAACGAUCACAUCCAGCGGAUACGAACAAAGAUCACCAAAGAAAUUAACAGCUACAAGAUGCUUCACCAACACUUCGACAACACGAUCCUUAUGAUUGAGGGAUUAAUAUCGAAAAUCAAAUCGAACCACAGCUACGAAAAGAUCCGCCACGUCUUUCGAUCUCAUCUGAAAGUAUUCCAACCGCACCGUACAAUUGAUAUGCAGUUUUUGGUGCAACUUCGCAGUUCCCUUCUAACGUACUUCUACGACGAGCUACCAGAACUCCGGCAUAGAAACGAAUUGGAGCGAAGAAUAGCGCUGUUAGUAUGUCGCAUGCUGUACACAAUCGAUAGGGAACUUUAUCACCGAUCUAGUACAUCUCGCAGACCUCUUACUGUGCACCUUACUGGUUUUGGGAACACACUUCUCCUAAAACGCCUUGAAGAAGCGACCGGACAACAGCUUUCAUACCUCACCAAAGAUCCCAACUUCUGCAAACUGCAGGAUCAUCCCGAGAAGCGGUAUGAUCUACUCCGGCAGCUCCUACGACGACACCGUGUACUCUACAGUGCCAACUUGCUCGCCGAUCUGCGUCGUGAUGAGGAACGUGAAACGGAGGAAAAGGUUUCUCAACUUCAGAAGUUGUUUCUCGACCAAAACAUGAACAUGAAACCGUUCGAACGGGUAGACGAGAUCGCAUUCGAAAUGCUUAUGCUGGAUGCUACCAGUGCCCUAUCGGCGAAGCUGGUCGAUAAUAGGGAGAGCUUAUGCAACUAUCUGCCAGUACUGACGGGAAGAAACUUGCGCAACUACCUCGCACAUGGGCACAUUACGUACGAAAUACUGAUACCGAACACGGGAUCGAAAACGAUCCUGCUCAAUGCGCUUAGCGUGAUCAAGCUCUCGAAGAACAUCAUCUCGGAGAUCUACGAUCGACAUGGGUGGGAGUUUUCGGAGAAGCUCGCAUUGGUGAAACACCAGGAAGGUAUACUCGGUGGCUUUCGGUAUCAGAACUGUGGUGAGAUUCGGGACACAAUUCGGAAAGAGACGUAUCUGCUCGGUCGAAAUCAUCUUAACUACGGCAUAGUGGAUCACCUGGUACAGCACCAGAGCUGUAUGCUGCUGGGCCAUCUGCUGGACUUUGGGAAGGUGGAUGAGUUUCUUAAGCCACUGUCCUACCUGAUGGAAAGCGUUAGUGCGAUACCGUGUGGUCGUCCGCUGCACGAUAUUUUGGCGGAUGUUCCGUCCCGUGUAGAGUUCUGCUACAGCUUAGCAGUGCUCAGUAACGAUGAGGACAUUCUGUCAAAAAUUGUAGCCGAUUUUGGGUACGGACAGAUCGACGCUAUUCCGAUGGUGUUCAACUUUGAUCGGUUGUUUGCUAGCUUUCUUGAAACGCAUCCAGAUUACAAUGUGAAUGUGGAGAGUAAUGCGGAGAUACUACACUAUGCAGUGAUUUCGGGCAAUGUGGAGCUAUUGAACCUGUUGCUGGAUCAGUGUCAUGAUCUUAACCAGCGAGACGAGUGUGGACAAACACCGCUUGAUGUGGCCUGUAAGUUGAGCAACGUGGAGAUGGUGAAAGCACUCACAAACGCCGGUGCCCGUUGGUACACGAACGGUGAGCAUGGGUACAGUCAGUACUCAUGGAUCUUCCUUAACAACGAUCAGGACGCGAUUGUGUUUCUCAAGAACAACGAGCUGCUCAGUGCUAAAAUAGCGAGUGCGUGUGUCGAUCUAUUCCUUCAGUACUGCGACGAUACGAAUGAGGAGAUCGUCGAGUUCAUGGUGGCUAACGAAGCCGUCAAGUAUGCGAGUCUUUACCCGAAAAUUGUUACCUUUCGGCGACUAAAUGUGUUACGAUUCGUGAUCGAAAAUGAUCGUAAGGUGAAAAGCAACAUCAAUCGAAAGGAAGUGACUGGCCAGGGUUUAACACCGCUACAGAUUGCCGCCCGUAAGGGAUUCUCGGAUGUGACUAAGGUACUGAUCGAGCAUGGUGCAAACGUACAGCUGCGUGACGCGAACGGGAACAGUGCGCUACACUUUGCUGUGGAGUGUGGAUGUGUAAAAACGGUACGGUUACUACUGCGACACGGUGCUAAUGGUGAUGUAAGGAAUUCUUUGGGGAAAAGCCCACUAGAACUGGCGAUCGCGAGUGAACAUAGGAAGAUUAUACGGAUGUUAGUGAAGAGUGUGCAAAAGGUGGAAAGUUUAGCGCUACCGGAGCGAUUACGCGAUCAGACUGUAGUGUAUAACCUGUUGCAUGUGACCAAGCAGUUCGAGUACUGUCUAACGCCAGCAGAUGUCAGCAGUGAUAGCUUUACGCCAUUGCAUCAUGCAAGAGACGAGAGUGCAAUUGUACACUAUCUACAGUUCUACGAAGUAGAUGUGACGAGUCCUCGCUUUCGUACUACCCCUCUUCAUCUGGCCUGCCUCUGCGACGAACCAGCGCGUGUGAAAACUCUCCUCAAACAUGGCGCUAAUCCAAUGCUUUCCAAUGGUGAAGGAUGGACACCGCUUCUGCUAGCAGUUAGUAAUCGUAGUAUAUCGAUCGUGCAAACGUUACUCCAACACGACACCUUCAACAGCCAGCCAACCAGUCGAGACGAUCUCAACGCUGUCCUAGCGAUCUCGAUCAGGAAACAAUCGAUCGACAUAGCUAAUCUAUUGAUAGAGAAAGGAGCUUCAAUCGAUACGAUCGGCAAAACGCUAACAGCCUCAUCACCAACACACCGCGGAAAUAAGCAGCAUCAUCAACCUCAACACCCGCAUCAGCUGUUCUUCUGUGCUGCACGCGAAGGUUACAACCGGAUACUGGAGUACCUGCUCGAGAGUGCUCUGUUCGAUGUGAACACAAAGGAUACGAUCGGGUCCACGGCUCUAUUCCACGCACUCUCGCGAGCACCUCUCUCGACGCUCGACAUCUUGGUGCGCCACGGUGCUGACGUGGAACACUGUAACCAGUUCGGUCACAACGUACUCUCGAUCGCCGCCAUGAACAAUCGGCUCGAUGCGUUACAGUACUUCGUUAACAAUUUCCCCACGCUCGUGGAGCGCUUCCUCGAUGCGGUAGAAGCAGACACUAAGAAUUCCGUCCUACAUUUAGCCGUACUGCGCGGUACACUCGAUAUCGUCCAGUACUGCGUAAAACUGCACCGGGCAGGUGACGUUAGCUUGGACGCACAGAAUAAGGAAGGCUUCACGGCACUUCACAUCAGCGCGCAAACGGGACACGAGUCGAUCUUUGGAUACUUGCUCAGCCAUGGUGCUAACCCUACCAUACCCUCAUCUAACGGGCAAUCCAUCCUUCACACAGCUAUCUGCAACCGGAACCUUUGCAUCGUACAAGCCAUCCUACGGGCCGGAGUGUUACCACUCGAUCGUGAUCUUUUCGAUCAUGAACAACGUUCACCACUACAUUACGCCGUCUUUUCGCGUCAAGUUGAGGUUGUGCGUGAGAUACUGAAGCUCCCCAAGUUGCCAUUAAAUCACGCCGAUGCACGCGGUAACACGGCACUUCAUCUGGCGGCCGAGUUUCAGUACAUCGAUAUCUACAAUCUGCUUCAGAAACGCAUCGACAAUGAGCUGCGAAACGGGAACGGAAAGCGGGCUAUCGAUGUACUACUGCGAAAGUGA